CUCUAGUCGAGGCUGUCUAAAAAGCCACCGUCGCGCUCCUGCUGUUGUCAUUCAAGAAAAGCCGACAUCGACAUUAAUUUAAAUGCAGACGUUUACUAAUGUCUAUCAAUUUGUGCUACUCUCUUUAUUGUGCAUCCUUCAAUGUUACCGAUGCCUUCCCACCGAUUUCAAAAAUGCUACAGAUCUAACGAUAGUAAGGAACCGAGAAUGGGAACAUCCUCUGCAUCAAAACCUAUUCCGAUUUCCAGAAAACAUUUCGCAUCCGUACUUUCGCGGCAAACGAUUUAUCAAUCUGGGUCCCGGAACUUUAAGCAAACAAAAAACGCAUCAAGCUUGUAUCGCGCCGGGCAAUCAGCCGGGUCACUGCAAACAUUUUAGCGGAUGCGUCCUUGAGCAAUUCCGCUUGAACUUUGAGCGAUUUAUGGAUUAUAUGUGCAUAAUUGAGCAAACAUACAUCGGUGUGUGUUGUCCGGAUAGCAUCGUGACAACUCGAUCGGAUAAAACCUUCGACGAUGAUUUAGCCAGCGUGUUACCAGCGAUUGCAAAUCUUGACGAUGACAAGGAGGAAUGGGACGAGAACGAGAAUGAGCCAUCCACUGACGACAAGGAUGCAAUUUCGCGGAAUAACGCGACUUUGUCCGAUAUUAAGGAAGCGAUGAGGAAAUCGCGAAGACCCAGAGGUUGUGGCACGACCACAAAAACGAAGAUCAGAAUCGCGGGUGGCCAGCCGGCUGAUCCUAAAGAAUGGCCGUGGAUGGCGGCUCUUCUCCGACAAGGCGCGAUUCAGUAUUGCGGGGGUGUAUUGAUCACCGAUAGGCAUGUUCUUACCGCGGCGCAUUGUGUUUACAGGUACAAACCGCGUGACAUCACGGUGAGACUCGGCGAGUACGAUUUUACCAAAUCCGAUGAAACGCGUGCAUUGGAUUUCAUGGUUUCGGAAAUACGAAUACAUAGGGAUUUCAAGUUAACCACUUACGAGAACGACAUUGCCAUUAUUAAAAUCAAUCGACCCACAACAUUUAAUAGCUACAUCUGGCCUAUCUGCCUCCCGCCGGUUCAACAAUCGUUCGAGAAUAAGAACGCCAUCGUCACAGGAUGGGGUACGCAAUAUUACGGAGGACCUACCAGUACAGUACUAAUGGAGGCCGCAGUGCCGGUGUGGCCUCAGGAAAGAUGCGUUCGCAGCUUUACGCAACGCAUCCCGAAUAGUACCCUGUGCGCCGGCGCUUACGAGGGUGGUCGCGACGCCUGUCAAGGUGAUUCAGGCGGUCCAUUGCUACAUCAACUUGGCAACGGCAGGUGGGUCACCAUCGGAAUAGUAUCCUGGGGAAUCCGUUGCGGUGAACCUGGAUUCCCGGGGAUAUACACCCGCGUGAGCUCUUACCUCGAUUGGAUAUUCGCGAACGCCGUAUUUUGAACGUUAUAUUUUGAAACCCGCUCCCGUUCACUCCCCUUUCCCGCCGAUCUUUCAUAUGUACCAAAGAUUUUUCUAUCUUUUUAUACAUAUAUCUAAAGAUUUUUAUCGCACUUUUAUGUAUGACGUGUCCAAUAAAAACUGUCUACUAAAACAAUUUUCCUUUUAUUACAAUGCAGAAUAAAGUAAAAACGUGUGCGGCGUUAAUAAGUUACACGGAGGGGACACGCCGAGCUAAUCAGACAGUUUUUUUGAAAACGAUUAAACUUUAUUUUCGGAAUAUUCAUUGGUACA